AUGGCCCCUGCUUCUCGCUAUGGGAGGGACGGACUGGACAGGAGAGAGGAUGAAUUACACGGUAUUAGAGGAGACAGAAAGACGAGAAAACCUCUUGUGGAGAAGAAGAGACGCGCCCGAAUUAAUGAAAGUUUACAGGAGCUGAGGCUACUUCUAGCCGAUACAGAUGCUCAAACGAAGAUGGAAAACGCCGAAGUUUUGGAAAUGACGGUGAAACGAGUUGAAAGUAUUCUGCAAAACAAGGCAAAAGAGGCGGACAAUUUUAGCCGUGAGGCGAAUGAAAGGUUUGCCGCUGGCUACAUCCAGUGCAUGCAUGAAGUGCACACAUUUGUGUCCAGCUGUCCGGGAAUUGACUCAACGAUAGCGGCGGAUCUCCUAAAUCAUUUACUGGAAUGUAUGCCUUUGAACGACGAGGAUCGCUUCCAAGACAUCCUCUCGGAUUUGAUGACAGAGUCUCACACGAACUGUAGCACUUGGUCGAACGAGGGAAUGUAUGCUAUGCUGUCCCCCGGUGGGAGGAGUGUGGCUAGCGGUAGUUCUUCUGCCCUCUCCCCGACUCCCUCCACUACCUCGAGCGACGACAUCUGCUCUGACCUCGACGACACGGACAGCGAGCAAAACCACAUUGCUGAUGCCACGGAGAACCAGCAUGUCCCAAACAUGCCAACCAUGUUCUAUUCCAAAUCCAUGUGGAGGCCCUGGUAG